AUGGCCAUCAACAAACACUACCACGAGGCCGUCGACCUGCUCAACAGACUCUUCCUGUCCAUCUUCAGAGGUCUCCAGGCCUCCUCCGCCCCGGAGAUCCAGACCAUCAAGUCCCAGAACCCCCUCGACGACUUCACCUUCCUCAAACAGACCCUCCGCUUGUCCCACAAGGAGGCCGUCCAGAUCCUCAUCAACAACGGCAUUGAUAUCCAGCUUGGUCAGGAUAUGGGCACCGAGCAGGAACACAUCCUUGGUAAACUCAUCAAGGAAAAGGAGCUCCUGAAGGCCCGGAUGAAAGAAGCGGGGAUUGAUCCGGCGCAGAUGAAGGGAUAUCUGGAUGGGUUCAGGCUGGCUUGUCCGGCCCACGCCGGCGGCGGGAUCGGCCUUGAGCGCGCUGUCAUGCUCUUCUUUGGCCUUGGCAAUAUCCGCAAGGCUUGCUUGGCUGUGGCCAGCGUGCUGGACGUUGAGGCAUCCACCUUUGUUGCCGUUACUGCCCUCUGGAUUCAAACAAUUAGGGUGGACUUGUUUUAA